UGCUUUUUCUCCCACCUGGCUUCAGAACACCUUUUCAUUCACCAAUCAAAUGUCUUUAAAUAACAGCAUCAUAUUCCUAGUUCAUUUACACAAACAAAAAUUCCAUGGAACUUGUUCAUCACUUUAAUACAAGCAACAUGGCUUCUUCUUCCUCCUCUUCAUUCCCAGAUAUUUGGACAUGGAUUCAGAACCUUCCUCCGAUCACCGAAUGGACGUCGAAUUCCGUGUCGAUUUCGAUUUUUUCUUCGUCUUCGUUUCGGCCUUCUCUCAAGCUCUCUAUCUCGAAAAAACUCCAGUCUUCCUCGUUUGUGAUUUUUUCUCUCUUUGCAGAUUAUAGUGAAAUUAUCUCUCUUUGGACAUCUAAAUCCAUAAGAAUCAACCCGAAAUCCGUGAAUUUAUUAGACCACGAAGAUAAUGUCUCGAAAAUUUUCUUAACUUUGGUUGAUGUGAUCCUACAAUAUUGUCCGAACAAGAACAUCUCUUUGUUCAGGCUUCCGAAACUGAGUUCCGUAACUAACUUCAAAGAAAUAUUCAACUUCUCAUUUCUAACUCUUUCGUUCCUUAUUUGCAUAUACGAAGCUCCCACGGAUCUUCGAUCUGAAUGCCUGCACAGGCUUAAAGAGCAUUAUGCCUGUGAGCAAUCACGAGAGGCUUCAAAGCUUUUGAUGAGAUUAUUAGGCUCGAAUGUGGAAGAACAAUGGAUGAGGGCGGUGAACCUCGCGAUUACUAAUUGGAUUGUGGAGGUUCAGGCGAAGAAUACCGCCCUCAAAACGCCUUCCUCUUUGUUUUCGUAUGGGAAUUCGACGUUCGGGAUGUGGAAAGUGCAGCUGUUUUGUCCCGUGAUAGCCAUGGACUUGGAGAAGUCUAGCAAUCCAUCGCCGGAUGAGAAGGUGGUCUUCUCUUUGAAUUACCAUCAAGUUGAGGGUGUGAUUCAGCUCAAUCAUAGAGUGAUUAUUCGAGAUAGUUGGAUCGAGGUCGUAGCUAGAGUUGAUAACAUAAGGUGUGACAUUGUCAAGCUAGUAAAUGAUACUCUAAUGAAGGAAAGAGGAGCUGGAAAAGCUGAAAAACACUUCCCUUCUCGAAUAUCCCUACAAUUAACUCCAAUUCAGCAGAUGAAUGUCUUAAGCAUAUCUGUCAGCAAAUCAUCCGAAAAUCCCAUACGAGACAUAAGCUCAGAAAAAACCGUGGAAGGCUCAUUGAAUCCGCCAAACACUUUGGGGCUCAACAUAUCAGCUGGAGAGACAGUGACCGUGAGCCUUAAGCCCUGGAAAUUCGAGCAAUCAGUCUAUGGAAACAGCGGAAACCUGAACUGGUAUCUUCAUGACAGUGUAAACGGUAGGGAGGUUUUCUCAUCCAAACCAUCUAUGUUUUCUUUGCUCAAUCCCCGGGCUUGGUUCAAGAACCGGUACAAGAAUGUGUACAGGCCUUUUACGCGACAAGGAGGGAUCAUUUUCGCGGAUGAUGAGUAUGGGGAGAAUGUGGUGUGGAAGGUGGAUAAAAGUGCAAGAGGUAAGGUGAUGGAAUGGGAGAUAAGGGGAUGGAUUUGGCUAACUUAUUGGCCUAAUAAGCAUAGGACAUUUUAUACUGAGACCAGGAGGCUGGAGUUCAGAGAAAUUGUACAGCUUACACUGGCUUAAUCAACAGAUAUCAUCUUAUAAUUCUAUACUAUAUAUGUAUGUUGAUAAUAUAUAUGCGCGGUAGACUGAACUGAAAGUUGGUGUAUUAACAGUCAAAUUAUGGAAGUGUGCAAGUACAAAACAUGAAGGUUUGGAUAUAGAAACAAUAAUCUGCAUGUUUUUCUUGAGUACAAAGGUUUAAUCAGAA